AUGGCAGGCCAGCCAGACAAUAGCACUACUUUUGGGAAGGGAUCAGUUCCCAGCAAGGCCGGGAAGUCUUGUCCUCGCCCAGACAUCGAAUCAGGUCCUUCCGCCUCUGCCGCCAGGGGCUUAGAUGACCACGAGCAACGUGAGAAGAAGUACCCAUUCGAGUACGAUGAUGACUCAGUGGACAAACUUCAACAGAUGCCGGGUGGCUGGAAGAAGCAUGCUUUAGAGCAAUGCGUUUACAGCGACCAGCGAUUCCACCGAAGAUUCGGUAGCUUGACACGCUUGUUGAUCAUAUACUUGGAGAUCCAUGUCGGACGUUGGGAAGACAUCAUAUCGCAGAAAAUCGAGGCAAGCCUCGACGAUAAAUUCUUCAAGCCGCUUGACUUGGACUUGGACGAGAAGAAGGGCGACCACGUCGCAGCCUUCAAGCAAUCCUUCGAUCCAUUUGUGCAUGAAGUCUUCAAUGUCAUGAAGCUCUAUGAGCAAAUCGUGUCCAUGGACGUUAAAAAUGCACACUACCAUCGAGCAUCUCUGUCCGUACACGCCGGUGUAUACAGAGGGCUGAGAGACGAGCACGGCUUCUCCAAGGAGGAAUGCGCAUUCAUGGAACGUGCCGAUGACUUCGUGUACACCAAAUGGGGCCACAUCGAGGCAUUCGCAGACGUGGUGAUUCGUGAUUGUCCCAAGUUGGUUCAGCGCCUACUGACCAAUGCAUGGGGAACUCAAGUGGCCGUUCUUCUAUACAAGUCCGGACGGCAAUGGCUCAGUGCAGAAGAGCAGAGUCAUGGCGUUCUGCAGUUUCUUGAUCGUCCUGGCCGAAUUGAUCGUUACUUUGCUCCCUAUCGGAUUCCUGUACCUCAUACCUAUGUCCAAGGCUGGCAGAUGGGUUCUGGUGCUGGUCUCCGCUUUCAUCUUCAUGCCCCUGAUCUCCUGCCUCCCCUGGGUGAGCCCCAUGGCUGCGUUGGUCUGGCUCCUGGCAUUCAUGGCCCUGAUGGUUGCAUUUCUGGCUCAAUUUCCGAACAAUUGAUUACGUUUAAGAUUUCGAGUUGA